AUGUUUCAGACGUUUAAAGAAUGGUUUUGGUUGGAACGGUUCUGGCUUCCUCCAACAAUAAAGUGGUCAGAUCUUGAAGAUCAUGAUGGACUUGUCUUUGUAAAACCCUCUCAUUUGUACAUGACAAUUCCGUAUGCUUUCGUCUUGCUGGUUAUCAGACAUUUCUUUGAAAAGUUUAUUGCCAUGCCUCUAGCAAAAGCAUUUGGCAUUAAAGAGGAAGUUAGAAAGAAGAUUAUACCAAAUACCAUCUUAGAGAAUUUUUUCAAAUGUUCCACAAGGCAACCAUCUCAAGCUGAUAUUUAUGGACUGGCGAAGAAGUGUAACUUGACAGAGCGCCAGGUGGAAAGAUGGUUUAGGAGUCGGCGGAAUCAAGAGAGGCCUUGCAGGAUGAAAAGAUUCCAAGAAGCUUGCUGGCGAUUUACAUUUUACUUAAUAAUGACUGUUGCUGGAAUUGUAUUUCUUUAUGAUAAACCUUGGGUUUAUGACCUGUGGGAAGUGUGGAAUGGCUAUCCCAGGCAGCCCUUGCUGCCUUCUCAGUACUGGUACUACAUUUUGGAGAUGAGUUUUUAUUGGUCUCUGAUAUUUAGCUUUGGCUCUGAUGUCAAGAGGAAGGAUUUUCUAGCUCAUGUCAUCCACCACCUGGCUGCUAUUAGUUUGAUGAGCUUCUCUUGGUGUGCUAAUUAUAUCCGCAGCGGGACCCUCGUGAUGAUCGUGCAUGACGUGGCUGACAUUUGGCUGGAGUCUGCGAAGAUGUUUUCUUAUGCUGGAUGGAAGCAAACUUGUAACGUGCUGUUUUUCAUCUUCUCCGCCAUAUUUUUCAUCAGCCGCCUCGUUGUCUUUCCCUUCUGGAUUUUAUAUUGCACGCUGAUCCUUCCUCUGCACUACCUUGAGCCUUUCUUUUCAUACAUCUUCCUCAACCUCCAGCUCAUGGUCCUGCAAGCCCUUCACCUCUACUGGUGUUACUUCAUCCUGAAGAUGCUCAAAAGAUGUAUAUUCAUGAAGGACACCCACGAUGUGCGGAGUGAUGAUGAGGAUGGGUAUGAAGAGGACGAGGAAGAGGAGGAGGAGGAGGAGGAAGAAGCCACCAAAGGCAAAGAGAGAGACUGUUUGAAGAAUGGCCUCGGGGCCAACAGGCAUCUCAUUCUCAACGGUCAACAUGGCCGUUAGGUUGAAGUCCAUGCAGCUACCGGGUCACAGUGUCCUCUAAGGGCUGCUGGAAGCCAGAGUUGCUUCCCCCUCCACAGCUGUGGCCUACAGGAGCCACAGGAACCCCAGAUUCUGCCCUUUC